AAUUGUGUAACACACAGCUAUUAUUGAACUUUGGGAUUUGUUUUACUAUAAUUUAUUUACGUCCUAUUAGUUUUGAAAUGAUAGAGCUUUUAAGGUUACAUGCUGCUGCCUACCGUAGCGGAUGCGAUUCCGCUUUGGUUAGGAGUAUUCUUUUCAGAGUCGGAAAUAAAUUAUUUCACACAAAUAUCAAUGUUUCCAGUUUCCGAUACGCAGAGGAUUACGUGAGCAAUAAUCAUCGGGAUAAUAAUGUAUGUAGAAGAAAUUAUUCCUCAUCUAAAAAAACUGUCAGAAUAGGAUGUGCUUCUGGUUUCUGGGGAGACACAACAGUCUCAGUCCCACAGCUAAUAUAUGGAGGAAAGUUGGAUUUCUUGGUCUUUGACUACUUGUCUGAAAUAACCAUGUCACUACUCACUGCUGCAAAAGCCAAGUCUCCAAACUUGGGUUAUGCCCCAGAUUUUGUGCACAUUGCUAUAGCACCAUUCAUUAAGGACAUCCAUAAAAAAGGUAUUCGUGUGGUGAGCAAUGCUGGGGGUGUAAAUCCUCUUGCUUGUGCAGAAGCUCUGUAUGAGAUAGUGAGGAAAGCUGGACUCAGCCUCAAGAUCGCUGUGGUCACCGGAGAUGAUCUGAUGUCAGAGAAAGACUCAGUAAAAGUGCUUGGUAUCAGAGAGAUUGAAAGUAGGAAGUCAUUUCCGGAGAACAUUCACAGCAUGAAUGCAUAUGUAGGUGCCUUACCCAUCAAGAGGUGUUUGGACCUGGGGGCAGAUAUAGUUGUAACUGGUCGAUGUGUAGACAGUGCAGUAGUCCUGGGGCCACUCAUGCACUCGUUUGGAUGGAAGAAGAGCAGCUAUGACUUACUGGCAGCUGGAAGUCUUGCAGGUCACCUGAUAGAGUGUGGAGCGCAGUGUACUGGAGGAAUAUUCACAGAUUGGCACAUUGUGCCAGACUGGCACAACAUUGGUUUUCCUGUUGUUGAAUGUUCCCCUGAUGGGACGUUCAUAUUAUCCAAACCACCGAAGACAGGAGGCUUGGUUUCCUUCGGCACAGUAGCUGAACAGUUGGUGUAUGAGAUUGAUGACCCAAAGAAUUAUCGUCUGCCUGAUGUGACCUGUGAUUUUUCCCUGACCACAAUAACUGAAAUUCCAGCAGGUGUAGAAGGUGGAGCAGUGAAGGUUCAGGGUGCAAAAGGCUCAUCUCCUUCCAGUGAUUUCAAGGUUUGUGCCACUUAUAUGGAUGGAUAUAGAGCCACCGCUGUGUGCCCAGUUGUUGGUCCAAGAGCUGUAGCAAAGGGAAAGAAGACGGCAGAGAGCAUUUUAAAAAGGACAAGAAAUAUGCUCCAGCAGCUCGGCCUGGAGGAUUUCAGCUCUGUAAAUGUGCAGGUUCUUGGCUCGGAGGACUCUUACGGACCACAUGGCCAGAAUAAGAAUGAUGGGCCUCGAGAAGCAGUUCUGUGGCUAGCUGUUCAUCAUAACCAAAAGAAGGCCAUGGAAAUCUUUGCCAGGGAAGUUGCACCUGCAGGCACUGGAAUGGCUCCUGGCCUGACUGCGAUAGUUGGAGGGCGACCUAAGGUGUCACCAGUGCUGAAGCCAUUCUUUUUCUUGUUUCCAAAAACCAAAGUAAAGGUUAACAUUCAUUUGAAUGGAGAACUUGUAGAGACACUUCAGGAAGAGGACCUGUUCAUACCCGAGGCCCCUCAUGCUAAAAAGCCUGAGGAAACCAGCAAUCUCACAGAUUUGCCUGUGGGUCCUCACAAAUACCGGUUAGAAGAACUUGCUUAUACUAGGAGUGGAGACAAGGGUGACACAGCUAACAUUGGUGUUAUAGCUCGUCACCCUCUGUUCUAUCCGUAUCUGAAGAAAGGGCUUAGUGCUGAGGCUGUAAAAGAAUAUUUCCAGCAUCUCAUUCAGAAGGACGACAGUGAAGUGCCUUCAGUUAUGCGGUAUGAGCUCCCAGGAAUCUGUGGCUUGAACUUUGUUUUGCGGAAGUCUCUUGGUGGAGGAGGGGUGGCCUCUCUUCGCAGUGACCCCCAGGGCAAGGCAUUUGGACAAAUGCUGUUGGAUUACAAGAUUAAAGGGCUGCCUGAUUUAAAGUCACUUGUAGACUGAGGUGAAUGACUGCUACAUGCAAUGUGCUAUGAUAUAAUAUAAUGUUUAUCAUUUGAAAUAAUUAUGUAGCAAUUGUUGUAAACCACUAGUGCCUUUUACAUUUUGAAAGUAAAGAUUAAAUAUCAAGUUUUCAAAACGGAGACACUGAGUCAUAACAUAGAAAUGUAAGUGUACACAGUACACAAAACACUAAAAGCUGCGAUUAUUUUAGUAUGCUUAUAUAUUUAAUUAAUGCAUUUAAUAAAAUCUAGCCCCUUUCAUAUUAUUCUAUACAGUAUGUAAUGCAAAAAGAAGGUGAGGUCUUCCUCUUGAUUUUAUUGCUUACUGUAAAAUAGAACUAAUGUUUAAUUCUGUAAAAUGUGUGUAUUGUAGAAUGUUUUAAUCACAUAAUGUAAUGUAACACCCCGAUAGUGUGUUAUAAAGCAGAUUAUUCUAUCAAAUAAAUUUUAUAAGUAGAA